AUGUCGAAUCAUUCCGCCGAAAAUUCAAAUCAACGACCUAAAGCUUAUGAAAUUGUCACUGAAGAAGCUGAGGCUUACGAGAGAGAGAUCGAGAACUGUCUACAAGAUUCAUCUACUAACACAAAAGUCCCACUUCCAAAGUUAAGCCAAUCCGAGAAAGCCUCAAAUGAGCUAGAUGAAGAUCUUGAACAUGAAAAAGUUCUCAAGAAACCACCACGAAAUCCAAUCAGAAAACUCUUCAACUGUAUGUUUAGAAGAAACAAAUCAAAGCCAAGAAAAACUUCCUGUUACACAGCUUUAACAAAUGAGAAAAGCUUUUGGGGUUUGACUUCAAAUUCAUUCGAUGAAUCAACUCUAGAAAGCUCAAAGGCUUUCCUCCCGGAAUCAGCUAUAGACAAACAAAUUGAUCGGGAUUUCGAUGAUUUGAUGAGAGUUCAGAUGAACUUGAAAGGCUGCGGAUUGAAUUCGGAUGCGACAACAGAACUGCAACAACGCGAUUACAUUCUUGAUAAAAUCACGAAGAAAUCGAAGAGCUGUGAGGAGAUGGUUUAUGCUGAGGAACGGGUGCUGAAACGAUUUGAGCACAUCAAACAUCAUGGUUGGGUGGAUGGACGGGAAAAGAAG